GAUUUGUGUCCUGAGGUGAGGAGUUUUCAUGAAGAAACAGAGGAGAAAACAACUAUGGGGGUGGUCUUUAAGUGUCUAUUCCAGCCUAUAUCCGGAAAUAUAUUGUACGACGUCCAGUGGUAUAUUGACGGUAUGCUGCUUAACAACGCCAAAUUCACAAGGAUCAGUUACAGCAAUAUUAAUGAUACGGCACUCCUUACGAAGCAUUGGGUCAACAACUUUACAAUGAGUUUUAGGGUAUCUUGUGCUGUAAAAGCAUACAAUACAACCUCUGGCGUCAAAGGGGAAUUCAUCGAAAGUUAUUCAUUUUUUGCAGGCAUUAAGCCGAGUCAGCUCAGGUAUUUAGUGACUGAGGGAGAAACAGUUCAGAUAAGUCUGGAGGUUACAGUGCCCUUCAGUUGUCCAUCAGUUCUAAAUGACGCAAUGAAAGCCUCCCACUGUAGAUUCCAAUUCUACAUCUGGACUCCGGGGGAGGGACAAUGUGUGAAUGGUCUUACUAGCAAUGGAGUUGCUUUCAGUGAUAACCCAUGUGGAAUAUCAUUUGGUUAUACAGACAAAACGGCAUCUAUCAGUGUCACUGGUUAUAUUGACGGAAUGGUCAAUUUCAGGGAAAGAAAAUCUACCUUGAGGAUUGCUUCUACCAGAAAUCCAAUGGACGCCUCUGGGAUUUGGAACGGUGUAAGAAUUCCUGACAUUACGGUUACUGUGAAAGACAAAGACUGGUACAUGUGUUGUAUUCUGCAUGUGUGUGGGGACGUGCCACGUGUAACUGUGGCGUCGCCAUUAGAAGUGGCGGAAGCCUCUUCUCCGUCCGCACUUGCGCAGAAGUAUCUACAACCUGGACCAAGACUUUAG